CGGUGGCUACCGCGAAACUGUUGUUGCCUUGUUAUUCCUACUUAGGUGAUGUCGUGCAUGUUUUACUACUUGAUAGGCUACUACUAGCACUAGUUAAGCUUCUUCUCUGUCACAUCAAAAAUGAAAGCGCCUUAUGAUUUUGUAUGCGGGUAGCCCUUUUUUACUGGCUUUGUUCCACCUCUACGACCACAGCUUUCUCUUCACCGUCAUUAUUGGCGCUAAGAGUCCUCUUUCGAUCCUCUUCACAAGCGAGACAACAAGAUGACGCCCGCCCAUCAACCAGCUACAAGAAGAAGCGCCUACUUGCUCUUCUUGAAGUUGAUUGUUCAGAUUCUUCUGGUUUGCGGUCUCUUUCUCAGUGAUGCUGCGUCCUGUUUUCGCACCAUAAGUUCUAGUGCUGCUACCACGAUUUUGCAUGCUGCUGCUCCACGGCAAAGGCCCUCGCUGAGUCUUCCGGGAAUCGAAAAACGAGGUCGGAGUGCUGGUGGACGGGCUGGGUCUUUCGGUGAUGGCGCUCCUGGGACUAGAGGAGGUUGCGACGCCUCGCCAACAGACGAAUCUGGGCAGAGAGGUUAUGUUGCUGGAGAAUAGCAGAGCGAGACUAGCGAAAAAAGGCGUCGAGACGCGUCUCUUUUCUUAGUCAGCCGAUGUUGUUCCUGAUAGGUAAUGAUCAACAUUGAACAUGUUGAGUAAAUAAAACGAGGAGGACCUUAUUAAGAUAUGAUGUUGAAAAUUGUGCAACUAGAGCAGCUCCUACAUCGAUCUACGAUAUUUGAUAUCUUCUAAUAGCCUUUCUUUUGUGGUGCACGUGCAGCAGGAUCUUCAAGACCGUCCACGACUCUUUCGACUCCCGGGGCUCCUCCUGCAUCGGUUGCUGGUUCGAGCAUAGAGCUGGUGCCCGUCGGCGGCUCGUCUCUCGAGGAAGAAGACGUCGUCGUCUCAAGCAUAGUCAGAGAGGCGGUAGCCAUGUUGGAACGAACCAACAUCGUGGUACGAGUUACAACCCGUCAUGCUCGAGGCACCGAAGUAGGAGGUGGCACAAGAUCAAUAAGCUCUAGCACAACCGGAAGAAGUUUAUCAAGAAUACCAAGCACAUUUUUGUUAUUAGGGGGGGAACGUCGACGAGAACAAGCAGGUGCAGGUGGACGUCAAGGUCAAUCUCCACCACCGCAAAAAAAUUAUCAUCAAAAUGACCACGCGGCAGGUGCAGCAGGUGACCAAUAUCAUUGUAUGAUGCGACUCAUUUUUGAGAACCUCAGUAGCUAUAGGGGGAUGUCGUUCCACCUAAAACUAGAUAAGAAGGGCCCAAAGACGGGGAACGACAUUCCACCCUUGUCGGCAUUCUCAAUGAGUGGAGGAAGCAUUCAAUCAACAUCAACCAAGCAGCAGAAGAAGCUCCUCAAAUACAAUACGAGUCAGUGACGCAGGGGCUGCUUGGCAAAGACUCGCUAGUAUAGAAGCUCUUCGCGACCCGAUGCCUAAGCUUGGACGGAUACGAGAGUGGAUGGCACGUGUACUAGAUGAGCGCCAGACUGGUGUACCAGGUACAGGUAGAACUAACAGUAGUGUGCCUACUACGAUGAUUGGGAGGAAGAUGGUAUUAGGACCUCCUAGUAGAAGUGCUACAACAAGUACAACAAGUAAUACAAGUACAGGAGGUGUAUCAGGUACUAGUAGAAGUAGUAGUACUAGUGCAACCCCUGCUGGUGGUACUACAUCCACUCAUGUUAUUAGUCCUGGUGAUAGUGAUUGCGCCAGUGCCUCUACUUCUUGGGGCAACUACAGACUCUCUGGUGCUAGAUGGAGUACAACACUAUUUGGAGCAGGUCCAGCAGCUCCAAAGGGAAAGGAUUCCACGAGAAUACUGAUCGAGAUCCCGCCGGGAGCCGUUCCCUCUGACCAUGGAUAUCAGCGGGCGCCGCCACGCAUUAGUCCGACCGCAAAGGGCAGAGAGCAGGACUUGUUUCAGGAUUUGGCUACACGCUUAGUGCAGGCAGUGCGAAGGCGACGCUACAUGAAAACGACGACAGGGACAACAUGGCUAAAACUAGCACGCGAGCUCCUCACGAGUCUGUUCCUUGGUCCCAAGUGGGCCUCCACGACGUCCUCACCGCGUGGUGAUUGGGAAGAGCACCACGAAGGUCGUGGUACGUCGAACACGGUCUUGCUUUAAGGGUGGGCCUUAGCAGGUGAUCUCCCCUUUUGUUUGCUUGCCUCGUCUCUAGCAAGCUCUACUUAACAGAAGAGAGAGCAAAGGCAUAGCAAACGGCAAACAGAGACACCAAGCUCCUACCUCUGUAAUUGUUCUUCGUGCGAAGAGAAAGCGACUCUUCGAAAAGCAAAGAGAGCAGAUCUUCGAGCAAACCAGUUGUAGCACGCGGCGUGGAAAGAGAGCGCCACCGGUCUUCGACGAUAGGAGGAGGAGGAGCCUCAUCUGGUUCGAUACGGGGUACGGCGACAUUCGCCGCAGCUGCUGUUGCCGCGGUCGCGGCGCUUCCACCUUCCGCAGCUGGCGCAACUUCGAAGCCAGCGUCUACCCUAGGAGGUGCACCAGAUGAAAGUGAGACAACCUCUACAUGUUGCACCGGAGGAGGUAAAGGUAAUAUAGCAACACAAGCUCCUAUUGGCGGGCCGUCUUCGUCAUCGAUCAUUCAUUGCGCUGGUACAACAUCACGUAAUGACUGUACUGGUACUCCUGCUGAACAACAACAACCCCAGGCGACGAGGAAACUACAACAAGGUGGUGCAGCACGAGCUGAUGAGGUGAAUCAAGUUCAAGAGCAGGAGCAACAGUAUCAAGAGCAGUAUCUAGAAAAAGAGUGUCAAUAUUUGAGCGAGGAAGAUUUUUUAAGGCUUCCCCGAAUCCAUCUUCUCGAUAGACAUCCCUCAAGCAUAUGCACCCCAGUACAUUCGAGAUGCUGACGCAUAUGCCUGAGGGAUUUCCACAGUGAUGAAUUGGGGAAAGGUCUAAGCUGCCUCGAUCGGGAAAGCAUUGCGUUUGUUGCGUAUUUCGUACAACGCGCGUUGGACGCAGAGAAGCUUCAUUUGAGGGCACAGAACUACAUCUCGAAUAUCUACCUUAAGGGUCGUGACUUUAUUCCACUUCAUCCUCUUCUUGUUGCUGUUAGUUUUCUUGCCUCUCCUCUCUAAGUAGGGAGAGCAAGAAAUGGAAAUGCAAAAGUAUCAAAAAAAACGGGGUAAGCAAUGCAUCGCGAACACCGAAACCCUACCUCUAAUUAUUUGUUUUUCGGUGACGCUGCAGCUCUUCGUCUAGUUUUGCAUCGCUUCUUCGACUGGUGCUCUGAGCAAGCGCAAAAUUUCUCUGCUGGCGGUAACGGUGAACGCAUACUCAACUACCAUGAAGGGCCAGAAACUCAAACCGUUCGGCCGCAAACCUCCCAAACACAAGAAGUCGGAGGACCGUACUUUUGCUCUUCGCCACUAGACUCACUAGUUCCCCGACUAGACAUCGGGGAGCGAAAUCGAGAAGCAGCAGCCCUAGCUUUAGGAGGCAUAGAGAAGUCGAAUUUGGAUCCUGCAGUCGAGGCCCCUCCUUACCCGUCUUGUUAUCCAGCAACAACAACCACUUCUAAAGAGUCUCUUCACGACGUCGACCGAACUUCAUCAAGCGUAGGAGCCCAACAACAAGGAGGACAGCAAGAUAUUCAACGAGAUAAACAGCAGCAAGUAGAUAUGACACGAAAAAGUGCUCUCCCCCUCAGAAAAUUAGCUACUUUCCUCUUUAAAUCCUAGCUAUGAUUUAUUGAGUAUGAGCACACUUUUUCCUGUCAUAGUAGAGGACGAUCUUCAGGCGGAGACGAGAGAGAGAGGUUGGUCCGUCUUAGACGUCUGGAAAGUUGUCGAGCCUCUAUUGGUUUCUGUCCUGCGGAAAAGGUUCGUAGAAAGUCUAACGGGAGCCCCUCCCGCUACUGCUGAGCAUCUAACUUAUAUUAUGGCCUGAAGAAAAUGAAAAAUAGUACGUAAAGGAAAACCAUUCUCCAGCAUUGAGGAAACCCAUCUUGGGAAAGGAAAUGAAUAAUAAAUGGAGUCUGAAACUUGUUGAUACUCGCUUCGCGAUUUUGCAGCCUUGAGGAAAUCCAUCUUCCCCCGUUGCAUCUUGCUCCCGUUUUGAAGUGACAACGGGCAGCAAGAUGGAUGCUGACCAAGAUGGAUUUCUCAUUCCGCAGUUGCUAAUUAUAGUGAGAUGGCACCGUAUGAGAUUGACGGCAUGCUACGAGGCUUUGUCUCUCAGACGUUCCACCGGUGGCGGGCGAAAGAGGAACUUAGAGCAAGUUUGCCCCUACCUUGAGGAAAAGUGUAAUCAUGCGCCUGGUGCUUCAGUGAAUCACUGCCUUGACUCUAUGUUGUCCAUUCUGAUGCCGGACUUAUCAAAAAAACCAUAUUUCUAUUUCUGGUCGAACUAGAAGUUAGUAGAGCUGUUGUAGAUGUGUUUUCGUGUUCAAAAAUACAAUGACUCAACAUGAUAGAAGUUCUCAACAUGCUGCGGCCCAUCAUAUUUGCCUCUGAGUAAGAGAAGUAGACUUUUGUGUUUGAUGGCAUUCUAACAGAUACAGAUAGAGCCAGCGCUACCAAGUUAGAUAUAUUUGGAAGUCGUCAACACAGUUGACAGACUCAGGCAAACGCAGGUCAGAGACCCUACAGCAUCCAGUGUUAAGUAUUUCGCAUAAAAUUUCUAUAUUCAUAUGUUCGUCUUUGUCAAAAAAUGUACAGACGUUCAAUAGAAAGGCAGUUGUAAUUUUUGAAAUCGUGUGCAGUUGUAGUUCUAGUUUGAACUUGAAAUAGCACGCUAAUCAGCCCGAUCAUCUUUUCUCGUGCCCAUCUUCUUUUCUCGUGUUUCACUAUGCCUUGAUAGAAGAAAGCCAGAGGACCUCCUGUACCAUACUUUUGUAGUUUCCAGAGUCAGGACGUUGUUCGCGUUCCUGCUCCGACCACUCCCUGCUCCUAAUUUGAUUUAAUAUCAUUUCCCCUCUUGAGGUCUUUUCCGUCACUGACAGAAUUGCGCGGUUCUUCUUCGUUACUGCGAAACGUAUCUUAGUGCAACGUAUCUUAGUGCGUGUUUUUUGACAUCAUUAAGAUUAAAUAGUAAUUGGUUGCAUACACUGAUACUACUAGGUAGCGCAGCGCCGGGAC